GCCGAUUAAUCAAUCGCACGGCCCCGGUGAGCAGGAGCUGGACUACGCUUCGCCGCUAGGAGCCACUGGUCUCCAUCCCAGGGCAGGGGGCCUCUUUAAAUAUCCUCCACCCGAGCUGCCUGCCGACUCCAAAGUCCGUCCAAACCCAUCUCUCGCAUCUCUCACCUCCUCCCCCACGCCGCGGUUUCCCGACCUCGUCGCAGACCGCACAGACCAGGUCUGCCGUCUCCCCUCUGCAACUCGCGGUCGCCGCCGGCUUCCUUCCCGCAACGCGCGGGCUACGCUAGCUCCGGUGGGCCUGGUUUUCAUAGCCGCUAGCGAUCCAUCCCCCGCCUAGAGGCUGCAGGCAGAGGCUGGUCGGAGGAUCGAGAAGAGAAGCUGCUGUUCGUAAUGGCGGGCGACAGGUGCGCGGGCGCGAUCGCGGGGUGCGAGCUGUGCGGGGGCGUCGCGGCGGUGCACUGCGCGGCGGACUCGGCUUUCCUCUGCGUGCCCUGCGACGCCAAGGUGCACGGCGCCAACUUCCUCGCCUCCAGGCACCUGCGGCGCCGGCUCGUUCACGCGGCCGCGGCCGCGGACGCCGGAUCCGCGGGCUCGGAGUCGGAGUCGUCGUCCAGCUCCUCCUGCGUGUCCACCGCCGACUCGUGCGCGGCCGCCUCCGCGGCGACGCGGGCGGCGGGGAGGAGGAGGGCCGGGUGCAAGCACCGGCGCGCGCGGGCGGAGGUGGUCCUCGAGGGGUGGGCCAAGCGGAUGGGCCUCGCGCCGGGAACGGCGCGCCGGCGGGCGGCCAGGGCCGCGGGCGCGCUCCGGGCGCUGGGCCGUGGCGUCUCCGCCUCCCGCGUACCCCUCCGCGUCGCGAUGGCCGCCGCGCUCUGGUCGGAGGUCGCCGGAUCCGGCUGCGCGGAGGCCGCGCUGCUCCGCCGGCUGGAGGCAAGCUCGCACGUGCCGGCGAGGCUGGUGGUCACGGUGGCGUCGUGGAUGGCACGCACCGCGGUCCGGGCCCCCGCCCCCGCCCCCGCCGUGGAGGGCUGGGCCGAGUGCUCCUGAGCCACGGGCUCCGGCCCGGGCCCAUCUCCCUCCCGUCGACGUGCCGAACAAGGAAGAAGGAAGCAAGCCUGAGAUAGAAUUACACGUAGAAUGUAACAUGUGAAGCAAAGUUCGUUUGUUUAAUUUUCCCCAGCUUAUUCUAAGCACGAUUAUACAUAUUAUUCUUGUUAAUAUUCCUUCAUCAUGAAUUCAUCAUCAUGGCGGCAAAAGAUCUUCUCAUUUUA